AUGAUGCCUAUCUGCCAGCUGCCUGUCAGCCUGCCCAGUGCAGUGCUAGACCUGGAGCUGAUAAGACCAGAGGCCUUCUCCUGUGUUCUGCCCCAACUUGACCCACCCAGUCCAGUCCCUCAUCCCCAGUCUAUGGCCCAUGUUGAAACUCCUCCCAUGCCUACAACAAGCAACCCCAAACCCAAUGUCCAUCAAAAGCAGAAACUCGAGCUCAAGCCCUGCAAACGGAAGCCCCGCACGUUCAGGCCAAAACCUCAGCCAACGCCUCGCAUUCUGAAGGAGAAAAUGAUCAAGCAUCAGCCAGAGAGCAAGCCCUACUUUGUGCCUCAGCCUCUUGGAGCUCAGCACAUCAAAACCCAGAGCAGACCCCUGGGGAACCGUAUCACUAAGUCUGGGGGUAGAAAUAGUAUCAUUAAGGCCUCACCUAAGAGUUUUGCUGAACAGUUGUUGUCUGCUGAUGGUGCAUACUUAAAGCCAAAGUCUGUCUUGCCCAGUACAGGUUGCAAGACAUCCCCUGUCCCUGUUAAGAAUGUAAAGGAUAAGGUUGUUUCAGCACCAGAGAGUCCUAAGUCAGGUGGUGUCACUGCUGCAACAUUAAGUGUACAUUCUGCCAAGUCAGUGGACAGAUGUGAGCCAAACUCUGAUGAUGAAUAUGAUGUGGAAUAUCUGUAUCUUACCAAACUCAUUUUAAGGAAAAAGAGGAAACCCACAUCUGAGCCCAGCAAGGAGCCCCUGCCUUCACACAAGAGGAAGUGCCCAGAUGACAACAGCGAGGUGUCCCAAGCUGUAAAGCAGGCGAGACUGGAGGAGCCCCAGGACACUCUUGAGGACCUGGAAGCUCUCCUGGCUGAGUACAGCUCCAGUCUCUCAUCUGGCACCAGGGACUUUUUCUAA